GGGGGGGCGGAGGCAGAAAGCCCGGCCUUGUGUCGCUCGGACGUGCUCGCGCCAUGCUGCUGCCGUUGCCGUUGCCGCUCCCCGGCGGCCGUUCCCCGCCGAGGCCGUCCUCGCUCCCGCCCCUCCUCGCCCUCCUCCUGCUGGCCCUUCUGCCGGGCCCCGCGCGGCCCAUCUCCUUCCAGCUGCCGGGCAAGGCCCGCAAAUGCCUGCGCGAGGAGAUCCACCGAGACAUGCUCGUCACCGGCGAGUACGAGGUCGUCGCUCCGCCGGGCUCGUCGAGCGGCCCGUCCGCCAACCUCAAGAUUACUGACUCAGCUGGGCAUAUUCUCUAUGUCAAGGAGGAUGCAACUAAGGGCAAAUUUGCUUUCACCACGGAGGAUUACGACAUGUUUGAAGCCUGCUUUGAGAGCAAGCUCCCUGUGGUUCCAGGAACAGGGCGGAUGCCAGACCAGUUCGUGACCUUGAACAUGAAGCAUGGAGUAGAAGCAAAGAACUACGAGGAGAUUGCUAAAGUAGAGAAGCUGAAGCCACUGGAGCUGGAGCUGCGACGCCUGGAGGAUCUUUCAGAGUCUAUUGUCAAUGACUUUGCCUACAUGAAGAAGCGGGAAGAGGAGAUGCGGGACACCAAUGAAUCUACCAACAUUCGGGUACUAUACUUCAGCAUUUUUUCGAUGUUCUGCCUCAUUGGACUGGCUACCUGGCAGGUCUUCUAUUUGCGUCGUUUCUUCAAGGCCAAGAAGCUGAUUGAAUAGGGGCAGUUUCCCCUCUUUUAAACCCCAGCAGAACAACAGAGACCCAACUAUGGCUGUUUAGAGCCACCUCAGGGUUGACCUGCCAAACAGAGCUUUUUCUGCAAUGGCUCCCCAGGGGGAGGGAGGGAAAUGCUGGUAUAGAACACGGUCAGGAUGCUUCUGAACUAUUAUUGGAUAGACAUGGAAGACGGUGGGAGUUGUGAUUUUGGGGACUCUUGGACAGGGAUGAAAUAAAACUGUCAUGACAGCCGUGGUUGGCUCUUACGCUGUCUUUUUCUCUCCCUUACAAAUGAGGUCAGCUGACCUCUUCUCAUAUGUCACCAGAUUGAUCCUCUAAAGCCACUUGAAUACAUGCAAUUUGUUAAACUUUCAGCAUUCUAUCUUUUACCACAGAGUUUUGAGAGGGAGCCACUUGGAUUCAACCAUCCCAGAAGCAGAUCUUGUUGCAAAUUGAUCAGUAGCUACACUUUUGGAGUGAAGAAGGAACCGCCAGUGGCAUUUGUCUGUCAGAAUAUUUUAUAUUUUUAUGUGUAGAAGCAGGAAGGACAGUUGGAAAAUAACAGCUGUGUUGUUAAAAUUACAGAAGAAAGGCUUUA